AUGUCAGAAAAUUCGUCGUCUAGUAGUAGUAGUAGUACGUCUACUAGCUCCAGUUCGGCGGCCAAUUCUUCGGAUGCGUCAAAGUCGCCAGAUUCCUCAUCAUCAUCGUCGCUGCAGAAUGGCUGUGUAUCGUGCGACAACAACGUUUCCUGUCCCAAGUGUGCAGAUGACGAGUAUUGUGUGACUACAUCGUUGACGUGUACGCAAUGUCCAAGGACGUAUUGCGAGAAAAAAGCAUCUAGCAGCAGCGGCGGCGGGUCGUCGCCGGCCUCGUCGUCUCUGAUCGCCAGUCCCUCUUCUUCGUCAUCAUCCUCUUCCAAUAAGGUCGGACCUAUUGUUGGCGGUGUGGUUGGCGGUGUGGCGGGGGUUUUGAUCAUUGCUGUGCUGGCGUUCAUGUACUAUAGAUACUACAAGCGCAAGAGAUCUGCGCUGCCACCAGAUUCAGAGUACAUGGAGAAAGACAUGCAUCCUGUUGUGUCGGGAGGCGGGUCUCCACUCCAUCCGGGCAUGCUGCGCUCGGGAUCUACCAAUUCGGCUCACGUCAGAGCAAGAAACAAGCGGAACAGAAGCAGUGCUGCGACGAUCCAGACGAGUACUGCCUCGAAUAUUAUUCCCGUGGCGUAUAUCCCUGGUGUCACCACGAAUCUCACCAAGAAAAAUCUGCGCAAGGGUCCUGGAAGAGGCGGAAGAAAGUUUUACCAGGAUUCGGACCGCAAGUCGCACAUCACGUUGGGAUCCAGUAUUCUUGGCGAUGACGACGACGAUGACGACGACGUGGACAAUGUCGACAGCGUCCGUGCUGCUGCUACUGGCGACAAGGGCAGAGAUUCUCCGGGGUCCGAUGGUCCAAAUCUGACAACGGCUAUACGUGCUAGACCGAAAUUGGUGCAAAUCGAUGAACUUGCCGAAGAGGAGGGAGAAGAGCACGAGCAAGAGCAAGGCCAAAACCAAGGCCAAGAACAAAGACAAGGCCAAAGACAAGGCCAAAGCCAAGGCCGCAGCCAAGAGCAAAGGCAACAGGAAUACCGCCAAGAUGCAGCCGGUGGCUCAGCCGGUGGCUCAGCCGGACAGCUCUCGAACAUCCAGGAUACCUCUCUAAUUGGAACUGCUGGUCACUCCAAUUCGGUCCUGGAUAUCGAGCAGCGCCAGAGCUACGCUCAAUCCCAUGCCGACGCCGAAAACCGCGACAUACGACGCGAUAGCUACAACACCAUGGGCUCGUACGCAAUUUCCGAGUCACGUGACCCAUUCCACUCAAGAUUGAGCGUUUCCUCGGACUCCAACAGCGAGGGCUCGUUCAUCCUGGACGUAGAAAUCGCCAGCAACCACAACCACGGCCAUAGCUAG